UGUAUUGACAACCCUAAAACACACCGAAACAUACGUCCACGUACAUCCUCGAGAGAUUUUCCCAAAGAUUUUUCUGUUUGGAGCGCUACGUACCAAACGUCGCCCAAUAAAAUACCUUUCAAACUAAUCUGUAAGAGUUUUAUAACGUGGGCCGUUGUAGAGCUCGCAUAAAACCUCCAGCUACGUGGACAAUUUUUUUGAUCCCAGCCACACAAAAACGCGAUGGCCACCCAAACCACGGGACCCACUAAGCAGGAGAUUGAGUCCGUCUUUAGUCGCCUGCGCGCCCAGCCAGCCAAUAAGUCUUGCUUCGACUGCGCGGCCAAAGCACCCACCUGGUCCUCUGUUACCUAUGGCAUCUUCAUUUGCAUCGAUUGCUCGGCUGUGCACCGCAACCUGGGUGUUCACCUGACCUUCGUGCGCAGCACUAACUUGGAUACGAAUUGGACGUGGCUGCAGUUACGCCAAAUGCAGUUGGGUGGCAACGCCAACGCGGCCCAGUUCUUCAGGUCCCACAACUGCACCAGUACCGACGCCCAGGUCAAGUACAACUCGCGAGCAGCACAACUCUAUCGGGACAAAUUAAGCAGCCAGGCCCAGCAAGCAAUAAAGGUGCACGGCACCAAGCUGCAUCUGGAGCAGUCGGAGAAAAGCGAAGGUAAUGAGUCCGCCAAGGAAGAAGACUUUUUCUCCCAAUGUAAUCACGAUGUGGACUUCAAUGUGGAGAAUAACAAUUUCAACAAGGAACACAAGCCAGUUCCAGCAUUAAUAAAAGAUUCUGAAGCACAACUGGGGAGUGGCCCCACGGUAGACCUUCUUAAUUCGGUCGUGCCGACAGCAGUUCCCACCACAAUAGGCGUUCGCAAGAUCCAGCCCAAAAAAGGAGGACUAGGUGCUCGAAAGGUGGGUGGUCUGGGAGCAACCAAGGUGAAAACUAACUUCGCGGAUAUAGAGGCGCGUGCUAAUGCGGCUAAUGAGAUGAAGACUUCCACUGCCCUGGCAAGCCAAACAGAUAAGAUACAGACUGCCGAAGAAGAGGUGGAAACAGUGGCUAGCAUGAGGCUGGCGUAUCAAGAACUGUCUCUUCAAAAGACUCGGGAAGAGGCGAAGCUUAAGAGCAUGGACCCGGCUAAAGCCAAGCAAAUGGAGCGUCUUGGAAUGGGCUUUAGCUUGCGAGGCUCUGACGUAGCCCACUCUGCUAUUGGUGACAUGGAGACUAUCCAGCAAACUGUCGCUCCCAAAAACAAAGUCUCAUCGCUGGAAAACGAUAGCUUUUUUACCGACUAUUCUUUGUAUGGGAACAGCACUGCAUCCGGCGGCCAUGGAGGCGUUGGUGGUUCCAGCGAUAAGCGAGAGAGUAUUGAAACUAGCUCAAGCAAGCUCGACAAGUUUGAACUAGAUGCUUUAGGCUACGAGACCAUCGAACCAAUUGGAGGAACUCAUGGUAACAUUACAUCUAUGUUUUCCAGCAACUACGACACCGAAAAACCGAAAUCUUCGGCGCCUGCAAAGAGCUUCAGUGGGUCAGCAUCUUCCGUUUCCCAGACCACUGGCAAAAACAAAAACUCCAGCAAUGAUCCUGUUAUAGCCCAACAGAAGUUUGGUAACUCCAAGGGCUUUGGCUCUGACCAAUACUUUGCCAGCGAGCAGUCUGCAGCUGAUAUAAGUGCUAAUCUUAAUCGCUUUCAAGGCUCACGAGCAAUAUCUUCGUCCGAUUAUUUUGGUGAAGGCUCUCCUGCGGGAGGUUCAGGUAGCAGGGGUGGCUAUUCCCCGUCGGUCAAUUUUAGUGCACCCGAUUUGGAUGUAGAAAGUGUUAAAGAGAGCGUGCGUCAGGGUGUACAUAAAGUGGCUGGCCGCCUUAGCAAUCUCGCUAACGACGUGAUGACCUCGUGGCAAGACAAGUACGGUUACUGAUAUCAGCGGUACUCUGAAACUGAUCUGACCAGUUGCGAUUGGAAGACCAUAAGCGAUGGUGGCGGAGGAUAGUCUAACUUUACCGUUUUUAUAAAUUAGUCACACAUCAAAUAUUUAGCGAUUACGCAAAAAGUUUUAAGCAAAUAGCCACUUAGUCGAGCUACGGUUGGCAAUUUACAGCCUACUCUGUCUCGUUAAUGUAUAAAAAAAGAAACAAAAUCCAUGCAG